ACUUUAGGCCAUUAGACGUUUUUUUUGUUCCCGCGGGUUUGUACGUUAUAUGGUCUUAAUGUUUUUUGCUUUUGUAAAAUCUAUAAUCCUGUGUGACCAUAAAAAAUGCUGGAAAUGUACCCUUCGUGUUACAGCUCGUCAGAGGCUGAUUAACAAAGGAAUCGCCUCAUGAAAAUAAUACGAUACGACGGAUAAGGAAGCAAGGCAGCGGACGUUGGGCAGGCUGGCUUCUUAUAGACAAAUAGCUUUCUCUGUGUUCAAACUUAUUUACUCCACGCAGAAAGCUUAGAAUUCGAUUUUUUACACAAAACUUAACCCUAGAUAAACUAAUAAAUAGAUAAAAUGUGAUUCAACCAGUUUUUAUAUUGGACUUAUUGCGUACAGGAAGCCCAAAAACCGGGAGCUUUAGUUUUUCGUGGUGCAUCAUGGGUAGAGAUAGUUGUAAUCAAAAUGGAGGACGAUGCAUUCGUUUCCGGGUACAAACAAAACCUCCGUGUUUUAACCUUAAACUGCUGGUUAAGGAAAGAUUUGAACACAUCGCCAAGGAAUUGUCUACUGGCAAGUACGAUGUUGUAGCCUUACAAGAGGUUUGGAACAAGAGUGAUUAUGCUGUCAUGUGUGACAAGCUAUCCAGUACUUUGCCAUACUCCCUAUAUUUCUACAGUGGAGUUAUUGGAAGUGGCAUGUGUGUAUUCUCGCGCUAUCGAAUCACAAAUUCCUUCACCUAUCGCUUCUCCUUGAAUGGGUACCUGUAUAAGCUGUGGCAUGGUGACUGGUUGGCUGGGACAUCGGCAGGAUAUUGUGUUAUAGACCAUCCAAUUAAACCAAUACAUUUUUUUGUGUCUCAUCUUCAUGCAGAGUACAACCGCCAAGAUGAUGAAUACCUAGCACACCGAGUAACCCAAGCUUAUCAAUUUGCUCAACUAAUCGAGCUCAUCACAAAACCGUCAGACUGUGUUAUUGUUUGCGGAGACAUGAAUUCAGAGCCAACAGAUUUGUGUUAUCGAAUCCUCUGUAACUUACCAGGCCUCACAGACACAUGGCUAGAAUGCAACAAAGAAGGUUACCAUGGUAACACUUAUGGUGUCAGUCAUAAUUCAUUUGCUGGCUCAACAUUCCAACAAGCAAUACAGAAGGGACCCUCAGAUGGGAUAAGGAUAGAUUACAUCUUCUAUCGUGGUGACAGAUCUAACAUGGAGUUGCUGGAUUGCCAUGUAACAAUGAGCCGUAUUCCAGGGGAGGAGAUCUCCUAUUCAGACCAUGAAGGAGUUCUUGCAACAUUUUGUUUGAAAAAUGACAAGGUGCUUGAAAAAGGUCAAGAAAAAGUUCAACAAAUCGAAAGUAAAUGCCCAACCGAGACCAACCAAGACAAAUUCAGAGAAACCCUGAAGGAAGUGUCCUCCAUGAUGUCAGUCAAGCUCUCCACCACUCCAUACCAUCGGCAUGCAACUGCUCUGAUCACUGCGCUGCUCAUGUUUAUCAUCCUACCAAUCUUUCUACCAGAAGGCAACUUGUUAUUGUACAGUAUGGGCACAUGUCUAGGUGUGGGUUUGUAUAUUGCACGGAUCCUGUGCAGUAUGCUGGUGACAGCCCUAGUGUUCUAUGUUUUUCUAAAUGACAGGGAUGAGUAUCACGCAUAUAAGGAUGUGUAUGAGGCUGUAAAUAUUAGACUUGUAUCACUAUAAUAUCAUCAUUAUCUUUGUCAUCAUCAUCAUGUUAAUACAUGAUAGAGAUUCUGAAGAUUGAGAUUCUAAUGAAUGAUCAAAAUAUUUAAUUUAAAAAAAAAGACAUUUUGAGAUACAGUA